AUGGCCGACGGCGCCGCCAACCCGGAGAUGGAGAACAAGUCCCCGGCCGACGUAGAGGCUCCUAAGGCCACCAAGACGGCAGUGGACGCAUACCAGAAGAAGAUGGGGGCGCUCUCGCUAUCGGCGCCGGAGGACGACGUCGGCGUCCUGCCACUCGACCUGCUCCACGACAUCCUACUGCGCCUCCCUGCCAAGUCGGUCUGCCGCUUCCGCGCCGUUUGCACCGCAUGGCACUCCCUGCUCUGCCACCUGGAUUUCAUCGCGGCCGCUCAACCUGGCCCGCGCAUCGCAGUUGGCCUGUGCCAUGACGGCCCUGGCGAUGCCGUCGUCAGCGUCCUGGACAUGGAUUCUAGCCACGUCCUCAAGCAGGUAAGCAUUGACGUCGUCACAAGCCGCCACAGCACGCCGCCGCCGCACGAGACGCCCGACGUGAGUCCCGAACGAGCAGUCUGUGUCGUGGGCAACGACGGGCGGCUCCACCUGAUCGACCCUGCCACCGGCGCAGUCAAACUCUUGCCUGACCCGCCGGCAUCAAACCACAUGUCUACUUUGUGCACGCUUGGGUGCGCCGCCUUAACGGGAGAGUACAAGGUGCUCGCCAUCGCGAACGCAGCUAAGCGUACGUGGCAGCAGAUAUGCAAGAUCCUCACCCUCAACGAUAAUGGCGGGGAGCAGCGCUGGAGGGAGACGGGGAGCCCAGGGUACAGUUUGCUAGCGCCACUACCGCCAUGGACUUACAGCAGGGAGGUCGCUGUGGUCGAGGGGGUGGCCUACUUCCUGGUCAAGCCCGACGACACACCCGACGUGCAGCAUGCCUGGAUCAUGGCGUUUGACCUUGGAGACGAGGUGUGGCAGCCGGAUGCGCUCCAAGGCCCGGAGUGCAAGCACAAUGUCGCCUUAGCCACACUUGAAGGCAAACUCGUCGUGUGCCAUGACAACCGCCAAACCUCCAUGGAGCUAUGGUUUCUCGUGGACGACCCUGACCAGGCACACUGGUGUAUGCGGCACAGGAUUGUCAUGCCCUCUCUUAAGCUCUCGUCACCGGUGCCGACUUCUGGCAUGUAUUUCGGGAAGCCAUUAGCGGUGCUAGACGAUGGAACGAUUGUCAUGUGGAUGCGGGUGACCCCAACAGGCUGCAGCAUCCCGCUGGACACGGUGCUGCGAUCGCUGAGUUUUCGCUCGAGGUCGCAAUCGCAACCGGAAACAACGCUAUCGAUUUUUCUUGGUCUAUUUACAAUGGCCGAGUUGGAGAAGAAGUCCCCGGCCGACGUCGACGAUCCUAAGGCCAUCGAGACGGCGGUGAACGAGAACCAGAAGAAGUUGGAGGCGCUCUCGCUAUUGGCGCCGGAGGACGGCGGCGUCGGCGGCGGCGGACCGCCUCUGCUGGAUGACUACGACGACGACUCCCAAAUCCAAGCUGUGGCGUCCAGCGGCACGGUGUACGAAUCCGCGACGACCUUCGAGGACCUGAAGCUCACGCCGGAGCUGCUCAAGGGUCUGCACGACGAGAUGGGGUUCAGCCGCCCCAGCAAGAUCCAGGCCGUCACGCUUCCCAUGAUCCUCACGCCGCCCUAUCAGAACCUCGUCGCGCAGGCGCACAACGGCUCCGGCAAGACCACCUGCUUCGUGCUCGGCAUGCUCAGCCGCGUCGACCCCAGCCGCAGGAUUCCCCAGGCCAUCUGCAUCUGCCCUACCAGGGAGCUUGCGCAGCAGAAUAAAUCCGUGCUCAUGAGGAUGAGCAAGUUUACCGGCAUUACCUGUGCCUCUGCCAUCUCGCCGGCUCUCAAGGAUUACAUGCCCAUCUCCAAGAUGGCACCGGUCACUGAUCAGGUGGUGAUUGGCACUUCUGGGACUCUCAUUAAGUGGAUUACCAAUAAGAAGCUUGCCACAAGGGACAUCAAGAUUCUUGUGUUCGACGAGGCAGACCAUAUGCUUGCUGAGGAGAACUUUAUGAGUGAUUCUAAAAGGAUCAUGAGGGAUAUACAGAGCAGUGCCGGUGACUGCCAGCUGCUUCUGUUUUCUGCAACCUUCAACGAGAAAGUGAAGGAUUUUAUUACAAAGGUCAUUAAGGAGGGAAACCAGAUAUUUGUGAAGAAGGAAGAUCUUACUUUGGACAAAGUAAAGCAAUAUAAAGUCCGAGUCCCCGAUGAGAUAGCCAAAAUAGAGGUCAUAAGGGACAAGAUCUUUGAGUUUGGUCAAAAGGUUGGACAGGUUAUCAUAUUUGUGAGAACAAAGAUAAGUACUAUGCAUCUUCAUAAUGCUUUGACAAAAGAGGACUAUGUGUGUUCCUCAAUUCAAGGAUCCCUCGACCACUCAGAGAGGGAAAAGGUAAUACAGGAAUUCAAAGAUGGGUACACCAAGGUUCUUAUAUCAACUGAUCUUCUUGCCCGGGGUUUUGACCAAUCACAGGUCAAUCUGGUCAUCAACUACGACAUGCCAAUCAAAUAUAAUUCUAGAGAUGAGCCUGAUUAUGAGGUGUACCUGCACAGAAUUGGCAGAGCUGGGCGCUUUGGCCGAAAAGGAGCUGUGUUCAACCUGCUAUGCGGUGAAACUGAUGACAUUUUGAUGACAAAGAUCGAGAACUACUUCCAACACAAAGUACAGGAGGUCCCCAGCUGGGAGAGCGAGGAGAAUUUUGAGACUGUUCUUAAGGAUGCUGGUUUACUUGAGUAA